CUUACGUACACCACUAUACACUAUCAAAAUUGCUCAUCCUAAUCAAUCUGUAGAGAAUACAUUUUUUUAAAAAGUAAAACAGUAUUUUUCAUUUAAAAUCCAAAAGCGAAACCAUUUACAAUCUAUUAAUCAAUUGACCUAUUCCAAACCGUCUAACAAAGAUUGAUUUUUGCCUCACGCAGACCAUUUGGUAUUGACAAAGCCAUUUUUCGCUUUUGACAUACUAAAAAUAGUCCAUAAAUGUGUCAAAACAGCAGUACAGUGUUUUUGUUUUUGUUUGUUCGCUUUACAAUGCUCAGCAAAUCUAAUACAAGCCAAUGGUUUGAUGCCCUUUAGAGUAUUUUUUUAAUAAGGUCAUCAACACAAAUACAAAACAAAAAGCAACAACACCAAACAGGUGUAAACCAAACUAAUGACCAGUAUUUGAAGUAUUGCCCGGGCCUCAAUCAUUUCUGCUGGACUUUGUGCAAAUGUAUUUUUUGUGAUAAGCCAACAAACGACAACUUGCUCUUAUUUUUUUUUAUUUACGUGCAAUUCAUCAAAUGAGUUAGACGAAAUGGCCGACUAUAUUAUUUCAAACGAAUUUAAAACGAUGGAGGAAAUCUGGGACGAUUUACUGCGACUCCAUUGGGACUAUUUAGAUACAGAGGAAAAUAUGGAAAAAUUAAAAAUGAGACGCAAACUAGAAGACGAAUUGAAGGAGUUCUUGAGCAUCGUUCAACAUGAUCGAAAAUUCUUCCUGACCGAAACGGCACACGUCUUCAAGCAAUCCGUUCUACAAUUGGGUCAGUUUUCCGCCUAUAAGGCUCUAAUCGGAUUCGAAGCAAUUAGUCAGUAUGCAAAUAAUCUCUUUCGGAAACCGUGGAGGAAGGAGUAUAGAUGCAUCAAAUUGUAUUCGGGAUAUUAUCACCAUGAAGUGAAGGCCAAUCUAAUUGAUGCAGAGAAAAUGUUCGAAGCGAUGGGAUAUAAUUUGUUGCCAAAUCACACUUUAAUUUUGGAAGGUCCGAUUUGUCCGGAUCAAGUAACCAAUGUGUCUAGAGAUGCAAUGACUGCUUAUGUCGAAUGCCAAAUAAUGAAGCAAAUAUUUCAAGGUUUGAUUGCAAUGCAAGUACAAACAACAUGGCAAGAAAUAUUCGAGUUCCGUGAAACCCAUACAGGUACUGCAUCUCAAGCAAUAAAAGCAAUGGCAUAUACAAUUGAAAAGCGACGUCAUCGAAAAGAUAGGCAAUACGAGAGUGCGUAUUCAAAUAUAGCACCGCCGGCACCUACGCCGCUCACCCAACCAGUAUAUAGUUCAAUAUGUAAUGCCACAUCAUCGGCACAUAGUCAAAUUGCACAUUGUAAUAAUCAGCGUCAUGUAGUGUCAUCGCUAACAUCAAAAUCAGCUUGUAGUGCAUUUUGUUCACCGUCCGUUGCAAAUUGUUCGAAUAAUUGUGGUGCGAUGAAAUAUUGCAAUCAAUAUCAUUCAUCGAUUCCACAUUCAAAAUCACUCGAUCAUUAUAAUGAACCGCCGAAAUUUUUGGAACAUCACAAUGUUUCACGUCAUUCAUUUGAUCAACCGUUUUCAUCCAAUUAUAAAAAUUAUGAUUGUACAGAUGGAAUACAUACGGCUGUUGCAGCUGCCGCAGCAGCAACCCUUGAUCGCAACAAUGGCUAUCACAGGGGAAUGUAUCAUCAACCGGGCAUGUACAGUGCAUCUAGCAAUCGAUAUCCUUUGCAGGCGACGAUGGCAUUUCCAGAUCAUCAUUAUUCACAAGUUGGCGGCUAUGAGCGUGGCGAAAAUUUUGUUGAAACAACUUGUUGCCAUCAAAAUCCACAUUAUGAAUGUCUGAAUAAUUUUAACAGUCGCACUUCAAUACAGAAAUCAAAAAAUGGUGCUACGGACUAUAGCAACUGCAAUUUUACAAAGUAAAUCGUUUUUAUUUCGUAUUCGCUUCGACGUAUUCUAUCCAUUUAAGAUAAAAUGUGUAAUUUGUUGGAAAAUAAAGUUUUUUUCUUCUCUCAUAAGCAUUAAA